GCCUCCUUUUCAAGCAACAAGAAAAUAUUCGACAAGGAUGCAGUCAUGGCGGACAGUCAGGGAAAAGCUGCGAGCAAAGAAAUUACAGCAGAACUGAAGGCUGCAAAAGAAGAGAUAAAGAAAAAAGAGUAUAAAGAGGCCCUCAAGCAUUGUAAGAAUGUGCUCAAAAUUGACAAAAGCAAUUACCAUGCCUUGGUUUUCAUUGGUCUCUGUGCCAAGGAAAUGGAGCAGUUUGAGCAAUCAAGAGCUGCGUACCAGAAAGCAAUAGAUCAGAAUGUGGAACAGCUACUUGCUUGGCAGGGUCUUUGUAACUUGUAUGAAGCAGCAGACAAAGAGGAAUGGAAAGAAGAUCUAGUGAAGACCUACUCAAAGUUGAUUCAGGGAAGCAAAAGUGAUAUGAGCAGGUGGAAGGAAUUGUUGGCAAAAGUAAUACCAUUGCAACUGUCGCUAGAUAUGACAUCAGAGGCCUUGUCAAAUUUGAAAGAUCUGGAAGGAGCUAGUUCUGAACCAUCUAUGGAAUUACUUGGUCACUGGCAGAGAGGCUUGAACAAUUUAAUGUUAAAGCUGCAGAAAGAAGACAUUACAUUAGAGUUGCAAGAACAGAUUGAGAACACAUUCCAGUCUGCAUUGGAAUACAGCAGAGUACUUGGGCUGGAUAUUGAAGAGAUACAAGAAGGACAUUUAAAGAAGCUGAAACAGUGCUUGCGGGAAAUUGGAGAUAAAGAAAAAUCGAUGUUUGUUGUAAACAGAAUACUUGAAAAAGGAACUGCAUUGCUUCACGAUUUCCCGACCAACAAAUAUGCUCUGGAAUUGGUGAUUAGAAUUCGCUUGGAACAAUCUCCUGAAGACCAUUCUGACGAAACUGCGAAGCUCAUCAAAGAAUUUCAUGAAAUCGAUGCUGCUAAUUUUGUUGGUAUUGUUGGCAUGGCUCUCAUUGAGGUCCAAACACAGCAAUGGCUUUCUGCGCUGAAAAUUCUAAAGCCAGUCCAAGGUAUUGCAAGCAAAGACUUUGUUGCUCUCUAUUGGCUUCUGAUGGCGAAAAUUCAUCUAUAUUUAUACGAAACCAAAGACUCGUUGGCUUACAUAAAGAAUGGGAUGAAAAAUAUCGGUCGAUGUUUGACAGAAUCUGGGAAAGAAAUCUAUAAACAAGAGCUUAGUAAAUGUAAAGCCGAGUGUUUCAUGAAAAUGAGAAAGUAUGAAGAGGCAAAGGAUAUUCUCAUCGAGAUAACACAAAAGAGCAAGACUUCAAAUGGUUUGUACUUGCUCGGAGCGUCUUAUGCAUACCUCAAAGAAAACAAAAGAGCUGCCGAGGUUUGCGAACAUCUUACAGAACUCCAACAAAAUGCCUCUGGAACACUGGCAAUCAAGGCAUUGAUAAGUAUGAACGAAGAAAAGUAUUAUGAUGCAGAAUUGAGGCUACAAGAAGCAAUGGAACUGCAGGGAGAUAUUUCCGAAUAUUUUUAUUUACUUGGAAAAGUUUACUGGCAACUGCGUGAGAAAGGCGAUGAAUAUUGGAGGAAAGCUCACGGCUCCUUCUUAAAGGCUGCUAAGCUGGACCCUUUCAAUUCGGAUAUUUUCUUUGCGCUCGGUGAAUAUUACAGAGAUUUUGUUGCAGACUCAAGAAAAGCCCAAAAAUGUUUCCAAAAAGCAGUGUCCCUGAAUGAGCUGAACGAGGACGCUGCCAUGGCGCUUGGUGACUUGUCUAUGGAUCUCGGCGAUGAGGAAACUGCUGUCAAAGUCUACGAGCAAGUUACCAGGAAUUUUGCUGCUGGCAGGGUAAAAAUUGCUUGGCUCCGACUGGGCUUGCUGCUCACAAAACGAGGACAGGCAGAAAAGGCAGUCACGUGCUUUCGAAGUGCAUUGCGAUCUGACCCUGAAGAUAGGCACAUGUGGGAAUGCCUCGGUGAUGCCUACAUUGCAAGAGGCAGCUAUAUGCCAGCAUUGAAAGCAUUUCAGAAGGCUGUUGAGCUCGACCCUGAGAAUCUAUAUUCCAGAUACAAAAUGGGCGUCAUCAAGCAGUCUGUUUGCGUGUAUGACGAAGCAAUCGAAGAAUUCAAGAAGGUCUUGGCAGUUGAGGAGGAUCACAUACCAGCUUGGAGGGGCUUGGCUGAAUCUCAUCUCAAGACAGAGUAUGCGUGUAUUGCAGAGAACUUCGAUGGCAGAGCGGUUGAUCAUGCUGCGGAGGCGCUACUCGCAGCGGCAAGGGCCAUCGAGCUUCGACCAGAUCUUCGCUGCUUGUGGAAAAUUAUGGGUGACGCAAGCUUUGCCCUCCGUGUUGUUGCUGAAGAGAAAUUAAGAAAUGAUUUUCAUAGUCUCCAAGUUCCUCCAUCGGUUUCGCAAAUCAUUGGCAUAAAAGAAGAGGAAACUGGUUCAAAGAAGAAAUUUAUCCUGGAUUUAAGUCGUAGGUGCUAUGGAGUUGUGGUCAAAUUGGAAGAAAGCUCAGCCGCUGCGUGGCAUGAUUUGUCGCUGAGCAGCUUUCAUUAUGGAAUGCUUCUUGAUGGCGAACUUGGCAAAACGACCAUGCAACAGAGCGUCAAGUUCAUCAAGAAAGCCAUCAGCCUUGAACCAGGAAAUGCCAAGAUGUGGAACACGUUAGGCGUGAUCUCUGGCAGUUCAGGUCCGUCUCUCACAUGUUGCGGUUACUCGGUUUAUGACAUUGCCAACCCCGAGUUAAGCCAGCACGCCUUCAUCAAAGCAUUGCAACUGGACUCUCAGAAUGCAGAAAUAUGGUGCAAUUUGGGUACUCUUUAUCUGAAAUAUGAUAAAAUCAAGGAGGCCCACGAAGCUUUCAAAAGAGCCCAGGAUGCAGACCCGGAAUAUACACCUGCUUGGAUUGGCCAGGCUUCAAUUGCGGAAAUCAUUGGCGAUGCUGAUGCUAUGGAUCUUUUUCGCCAUUCAUCUGAAAUGGGAUCGCACACUGAGUGCUAUCUGGCAUACGCCAAAUGGGUAAUUUUCUCCUUAAAAGACUACUUUGCCAAGCAAAAGCGGUCUACGCAACGACUUGGCCCUUUCGACUUGCCUGAUUUUGUGCGCAAAGCCAUCGCGAAUUCGGCCGUCUGUGUCCAGAAGUAUACAGAUCGCAUGCCUGGAAACUCUUGUGCACACAACCUCCUUGGUAUUCUGCUGGAACACCAACAGCUGUUUAAGCAAGCCGAAACAGCAUUCAGAAGAGCUUAUCAACUACUUGCAACGAGUGAAGAUGUCAACAAAAGGAACAUGGUACUAGCAAAUCUGGCCAGAGUUUUACGACGAUCUGGCCAAUUCAAGCAGUCCAUUGAAGUCUACCUUCAAAUAAAGCCAAUGAUCAAUGCAAAUGACGUCACUGGCCUCGCAUUGGCCUACUUCCUUGAUAGUCAGCUGGAGCAAAGUUUCCAAACCUACGAGCAAGCACUCGGUUUAGCAGAGAGUGAACGGGACAAAUCCGACAUUCUUGCCGCCAUAGGAAUUAUUGGCUAUUCAACAGGGAAUUCUGAGAUUGCGAAGUCAUUUUUGUUCAAGAGCGCGCAGACAUCUUCUCCAAGUGAACGAGGGCUUUCUGCGCUGGCUGCCUUGGGUCUCUUGUCAAAGGAUCUGACGCUAACCAAUGCAGCUUUGGCAGAGAUUAGAAAACAUCCUGAUUUCGAAACUGAGGAUGUUCAAGAAAGUUUUACAUUUUUGGAAUCAUCUCUAUAUCACUUACAGGGCAAUUUCACGGAAGCUAAACGCAGCGUUCAGAAACUUAUUCGAAGAUAUCCUGGAAGCUCCCGGCAGUGGGCUAAACUCGCCAAAUUUUUCUCUUUGCAGACACCUCUUUUGUCUAUGGAGAUUGCUGGCCGGUGUGCGGAAAUUUCAGCUGUUCACGAACCAUCAAAUGUUUCAUCGCUCGUUGUUGCUGCUGCAGCCUCUGGUUCAAAAUCUUUCGCUUCAAAGUUAGAUAGCCAAAGUCCCCAUGUUGCUUGCUUACGUGCUGCUCAAAAAGCUGUUCACAGUAACCCAGGGCAACCAGAGAACUGGGCUCUGCUAUCUGCGGCGGCAUUGGCAAAAAGUUUGUGUUCUAGCGGUGUUGCAACCAGAACGAUGGCAAUUUCAACAGCAAGACUUUCCUUGCUUAAAGCUGAGGAAAGCCUCGGCGGAUUGGAGGAGACCCUAAAGACAACGAUUUCACGCCAACUUGAGCCUAAAAUCAAAAUUGCCAUCAACCUCAGGGUGUAUUCCAUCAAGCAGCUAGUAUGGGCAUAUUUGAACGACGGCGUUUACAAUAUCGCUAUGUUGUUAUCGGAAAACGCGAUGAGUGAGUACGAAGGACAUCCAAAAAUAUGGAACGAUCUUCAGUAUCUGAAUGUUAUCUGUGCAAUUCUGUUGAAAUCUAGAAACGGAGAAAAUGUAGAUGAAUUGCUAUUGGCUGCAAAGACGCUGUGCGAUUCGGAAAGCAAUUCGAUUUGGAGGUACCAGGUUUUCGUUGGAAUUUGCCAAAAGCUCGGCCUCCCUCUGCUCGCCGAGUUUGCGCUGCGAAAAUGCAUCCAACACGCCGUGCCCGGUUCUCCUUCAAGCCAUUCAUCGUUUGUCCGGCUGUUUUUAUCAAGCAUCGCUUGCUACAGCAAAGAUAAAAAUGAAAGAUGGAUCACACUUGCUUCGGAGGCGUUGAAUGAGUUUGCAAAAUUAAAACCUGGAAAUUGCUUGGUUGACUUACUCAGGAUGUCACUUUUCCACGUUCAAGGAGACUCAAAGAAAGCUGGGAAGAUCUUCCAAAGGCUGACUUGUCAGACAGGGGGUACACUGGAAGAUCUACUCAAAUCAUGGGGAAAGCUUUAUGGCUCACAGCAGGAAGAGAAAAUAGAUCCAUUCGAUGAAGAAUAGUACAAAGAUACUUAGAAGCUAGGCCUAUCAAGUAGUCCUGGUCCAUUCCAUUGUUCCAUUCAUAAGGACAGUAUGAGCUUAACUAUUCUCUUUAAAUUUUUCUUUACCGAUUGAUGAAAAUAAACCCAAAGCCUUAACAAGUAUUGCCAAAACGUUUCUCCUAAUCAAUCAUCAUCAUUAUCAUCAUAAUUUGUAAUCCAUUUUCCAUAG